UUAAUGCCAUCACAUCUAAUCGAUUAUUCCCAUCGCUUGUAGAACAGCGACGAAUAUUCAUUCCCUCGAAAUCUGCGUCAUCUUCUUGGCGCAAUUUUUAAUUGAUUUCUGCUAUCCACUUGCCAUGGAGUUUGUCGGCCUUUUCUGCUCGGUUCUGUUGUUCCUCGUGCAGCAGACCGCCACCACGAGGCGCUUUCGCCCUUCACUGCUCCCGAAGAUAAUAAAAUGGCUCCGCUUGAUUCCAUUGGGCUGUAAAGAAGAGAGAGAUUAUUUCAGAUCGUUAAAGAUCAGCCACACAGCUAAGUUUUCUGUUCUAUCUCAUAACAGUAAGACAGGAUUAAACUUAAAGACAGUAAUAAAUGCAAAAUCAAUUACUUUUAGAAGUCCUAUGCAGAUUCUUGUAAUGGAGUACGAGGCUUUUACUUGUAAUGGUUAGAUACAUCUGCCUUUGAAUGAGUCUGUUGUAGGAAGAAGGAUCACUGAUAUGUUUACCUUCAUCUUUGUAGAGAGAGAGAGAGAGGCUCCUAGCUUAGAAAUUACUCUGAUUACAUAAUGAAAUGAUUUUUGUAAAUGAUAAGUUUCUUUUAGGCUGUACGUGAGAAAGAUGAUUUUGAAUCCGAAAAGGUCAGCCCUAUACAAUAAGUUUUAUUCUAUAAUAUCAGUAAAAAUUAAUCACAGCAAUAAACACAAAAUCAAUUACACCUAGAAUUCUUUAUAUUUUCCUUAGCAGAAGACGUCAUCGCCUAUUCAAAGUGUGGCUUGCAGUUAUAUUUCGUCAGCCACUCGCCGGUUUCAAUCCUGGGAGAAGAUGAGUUCCAUAUAGCUUUUGGUUUUACCGAAACUUAUGUUUGAUGGAGAGUUGGUAGUAGAAUGAAGGAGGAUUGAGUUGUGUGUGCAUGUUUUUUUAUUAUUCUUACAUGGGAUUCCGGGUUUUGAAAAAGUUUUGUUUUGUUUUGUUUAUUCCAGUUAGAGCUGACACGUUGCGUUUCUUGUCCUUUUAUGAACUUUGGAGUUGAAAGUAUUCCUUUGGUUGUAGAGACUGCUGUUUAAAUUUGAUUUGUGAUUGAUUCUACAGCCUCUUUGUACCGAAAAUUUAAAGACUUGAAGGCUUUUCUUCUCCUUAAACCUUUUCUUUGUUGCUGUCAGAGAUUUGAAGGUUGCAAAGUAUGCCUUUCUAUCCUUUGGUAAAUUAGGAUAUCUUUAUAGUGGAGAUUACGCUUGCUUUUGCUCUUCUUAGACAUAUUUAGCUGGUUAUCAGGGGUGCUUGAGCCCCUCCCUACUUGACUUUGAGAGACAAAUAGUUUGUGUUCAGUCUUGGAAGGAAUUUUCUCCUUUAAUUAAAAGAAAAUGAGAGAAAGAAUGUCCUCCUCAAGUCCUUCACAGUUUUGUUCCAGCUCUAGCAGAAGCAAGCACAGUUCUAGAAUUACAGCUCAAACCAAUGUCGAUGUGAAGCUAGAUGCUGAUUUUGAAACUAUGGGCACUUUCUUUGACUAUUUUCAGUCUGUCAGGCCUCCACCUGACAAAGGAAAGUCUCAGAAGGAGACAGCUUACCUGCAGGGCAUCCAAAAGGGGAAGCUAAUCCAGCCAUUUGGUUGUUUGCUGGCUCUUGAUGAGAAAACCUUCAAAAUUAUCGCUUUCUCUGAGAAUGCUCCUGAGAUGCUCACCAUGAUAAGCCAUGCAGUUCCUAGUGUUGGUGAUCACCCAGCGCUUGGCAUAGGCACUGAUGUGAGGAGCCUCUUCACUCCCCCUGGCACUGCAGCACUUCGGAAAGCAUUAGGCUUUGCAGAGGUUUCUCUGUUGAAUCCAAUUCUUGUUCACUGCAAGACAUCUGGUAGGCCAUUCUAUGCAAUUGUACAUAGGGUUACUGGUUGUUUGGUUGUAGAUUUUGAGCCUGUGAAGCCUAAUGAUGAGCCCACGUCUGCUGCUGGGGCUUUGCAGUCCUACAAGCUUGCUGCUAAAGCAAUCGCCAGACUUCAGUCUUUACCUGAUGGGAGCAUGAAGAAGCUUUGCAACACUGUGGUUGAAGAGGUGUUCGAGCUGACAGGGUAUGACAGGGUAAUGACUUACAAGUUCCAUGAAGAUGAUCAUGGAGAAGUUUAUGCAGAGAUCACGAAGCCAGGCAUGGAAUCAUAUUUGGGGUUGCAUUAUCCGGCUACUGAUAUACCUCAGGCUGCAAGGUUUCUCUUUAUGAAGAAUAAGGUUCGAAUGAUAUGUGACUGCCGAGCAAAACAUGUAAAGAUAUAUCAAGGUGAGAUGCUUCCAUUUGAUAUCAGUUUUUGUGGCAGUACCCUCCGGGCACCUCACAGUUGCCAUCUGCAGUAUAUGGAGAAUAUGAAUUCAAUAGCAUCUCUGGUCAUGGCAGUGAUAGUGAAUGAAGGAGAAGAUGAUGACGAUGAUGAGACUGGGCAGAAUCAUCAGCAGCAGCAGAAGAGUAAGAGGCUUUGGGGUCUUGUGGUUUGCCAUAAUGAGACUCGAAGGUUUGUUCCAUUUCCAUUAAGAUAUGCCUGUGAAUUUUUAAUGCAAGUCUUUGCUAUACAUGUGAACAAAGAGUUUGAGCUGGAGAAACGGGUAAGGGAAAAGAACAUCCUAAGAACCCAAACAAUGUUGUGUGAUAUGCUGCUCAGAGAAUCAUUUCCUCUAGGAAUUAUCACAAAGACUCCUAACAUUAUGGAUUUGGUCAAAUGUGACGGGGCCGCAAUUAUUUACCAAAACAAGGUCUGGCGGCUGGGGAUUACUCCAAGCGAGUCUCAGAUUAGUAACAUUGCUUAUUGGCUCGAUGAAUGUCACAUGGAUUCUACGGGGUUGAGUACAGAUAGCCUGCAUGAAGCUGGGUAUCCUGGCGCUUUGUCUCUUGGCGAUAUGGUUUGUGGAAUGGCUGCAGCUAGAAUUACUUCUAAUGACACACUUUUCUGGUUUCGUUCACCCACAGCUACUGACAUUAGAUGGGCAGGUGCUAAGCAUGACCCAGAUGGUGUGGAUGAUGAGAGGAUGAUGCAUCCAAGAUCCUCAUUCAAGGCAUUUCUUGAUGCUGUUAAGAUGAAGAGCCAGUCAUGGAGUGACCAUGAGAUGGAUGCCAUUCACUCCCUGCAGCUUAUACUUAGAGGGACAUUUAAUGGCAUUGAAAGUAAAAUCAAGAAGUUAACAAUUGAUUCUCAGAUGAAUGAUCUUAAAGUUGAUGGAAUGCUCGAGCUUCAAGUAGUUACUAAUGAAAUAGUUCGUUUGAUUGAGACAGCAAAUGUGCCCAUUCUGGCAGUGGAUAUUGAUGGUCUCAUAAAUGGAUGGAAUAUGAAAAUUGCUGAAUUAACUGGCCUUUCGGUUGAUGAAGCCAUCGGGAAGCAUUUGCUUACUCUUGCCGAGGAUUCUUCUGUUGAUGCAAUGAAGAAGAUUCUUCUUUUAGCAUUGCAAGGAAAGGAGGAGCAAAAUGUUGAAUUUCAUUUAAAAACUUUUGGUCUUCCAAAAGAUGAUGGUCCAAUUAUUCUGGUUGUGAAUGCUUGCACUAGUCGGGACAUCCAUGAUAAUGUCAUUGGAGUAUGCUUUGUGGCUCAAGAUGUUACUGAGCUUAAGAUGAUUAUGGAUAAGUUUACAAGAAUUGAAGGAGACUACAAGGCCAUAGUGCAGAACCCCAGCCCACUUAUUCCUCCUAUCUUUGGUGCAGACGAGUUUGGCUGGUGUUCCGAGUGGAACUUGGCUAUGGCUAAUCUUUCAGGAUGGAAGAGAGAUGAAGUAAUUGACAAAAUGCUCUUGGGAGAGGUAUUUGGGAUUAAUAUGGCUUGUUGCCGAAUGAAGAACCAAGAUUUAUUUGUCAAUCUUUGCGUUUUAAUAAACAAUGCAAUGAUUGAUCAAGAGAAAGAAGAGUCCUCUUUUAGUUUCAUUAAUCGUAGUGGGAGACAUGUAGAGUGUUUGCUGUCUGUGAGCAAAAAAGUUGAUGCAGAGGGUAACACCACUGGAGUAUUUUGCUUUCUCCAUGCUGCUAGCCAUGAACUCCAGCAAGAAAUGCAAAUUCAGAAGCUAACACAGCAAGCAACAAUAAAGAGAUUGAAGGCUUUAGCAUAUAUAAGGAAUGAAAUUAGAAAUCCUCUCUCUGGUAUUAUGUAUUCAUGGAAAAUGCUAGAGGGGACCAAUUUGGGUGAAGAGCGAAUGCUACUCUUGCGCACUGGAGCAAAGUGUCACUAUCAGUUGAACAGGAUCCUUGAUGAUUUGGACCUAGAGAACAUAAUGGACAGCUGUUUGGAGUUGGAAAUGAAUGAGUUUACUCUGAAAGAUGUGGUGGUUACUGCAGUAAGCCAAGUGAUGCUUCCAAGCAUGGGGAAGGGAAUAAAAUUAGUCUCUGACUUACCUGAAGACUUAGAAAAUGAAUUUGUCUAUGGGGACAGUCUGAGGCUUCAGCAAAUCCUUGCUGAUUUCUUGCUUGUGUGUGUGAAGCAUUCCCCUGGUGGAGGGCAAAUUGAGAUAACGGCUGGACUAAUGAAAGAUAAGUUGGGUGAAUCUCUUCAGCUUAUUAACAUGGAAAUCAGGAUAAUCCAUGAGGGAAAUAUAGUGCCGCAGGAAUUAAUUUCUCAAAUGUUUGGAAGCAAGGAAGAGUCUCAAGAAGAGGGUAUGAGUCUGCUAGUUUGCAGAAAGCUUCUGAAGCUCAUGAAUGGAGAUGUGCGUUAUCUGAGGGAGGAAAACAAGGCAGCCUUCAUCCUCUCUGCAGAGCUGGCUUCUGCUUCCAAAGCAAAUGCAGGAAAAUCUUGAUUUGAUGACUCAGGUUUCAUUUGAGACAAGCUUUUUUGCUUCUUAAAGCAGCUUUCUCAUACAAAAAUUAAAAAUUUUUGUACUAAAAAACUACUUUAAGAAGCAGUGAGAAAGCCGUCCCAAACUA